AUGUCGCAGCACCCUACUGACGCUCCCGCCGUCGCUUCCCGCGGCGUCCUGACCACGGGCAACGGCAACCCUGUCGAUAACAACCAGACCUCGCAGACCGCCGGCGAGCUGGGCCCCGUCCUGCUCCAGGACUUCCACCUCCUCGACAAGCUUGCGCACUUUGACCGCGAGCGCAUCCCCGAGCGCGUUGUGCAUGCCAAGGGUGCCGGUGCCCACGGCUACUUUGAGGUGACCAAGGACAUCUCGCACCUGACCUGCGCCAAGUUCCUGAACAAGCUCGGCUCGGCCGACACUGCGCGCGAUCCCCGCGGCUUUGCUGUCAAGUUCUACACCGAGGAGGGCAACUGGGACAUGGUCGGCAACAACACCCCGAUCUUCUUCAUCCGCGACCCGAUCAAGUUCCCCGACUUCAUCCACACCCAGAAGCGCCACCCGCAGACCCACCUGCCGGAUGCCACUAUGAUGUGGGACUUCUGGUCGCUGGUGCCCGAGUCGCUGCACCAGGUUACCAUCCUGAUGUCCGACCGCGGUAUCCCCGACGGCUUCCGCCACAUGCACGGCUACUCGAGCCACACCCUGAAGCUGGUUGCCAAGGACGGCUCGUACAAGUACGUCAAGUGGCACUUCCGCACCGAGCAGGGCAUCAAGAACAUCCUGCCCGAGGAUGCUGCCCGCCUGGCCGGUACCAACCCGAACUACUCCACUCAGGAUCUGUUCGAGGCCAUUGAGCGCGGCGAGCACCCCGCCUGGAAGGUCUACAUCCAGGUCAUCGAGCCCGAGCAGGCCCUCAAGUACCGUUUCAACCCCUUCGAUGUCACCAAGGUCCUCAGCCAGAAGGAGUUCCCGCUGCAGGAGGUCGGCCGCAUGGUGCUGAACCGCAACCCCGAGAACUACUUUGCCGAGGUCGAGCAGGCUGCCUUCUGCCCCUCGCACAUGGUCCCGGGCAUCGCCCCCUCGCCCGACCGCAUGCUGCAGGGUCGCCUGUUCAGCUAUGCCGACACCCACCGCCACCGCCUGGGUGCCAACUACCUGCAGAUCCCAAUCAACCGCCCGAUCAGCGGUGUCAACAACCACCAGCGCGACGGUGCCAUGGCCAUCAACGGCAACGGCGGCUCCACCCCCAACUACGAGCCCAACUCGUUCGGCGGGCCCUCGCAGAACAACCUGCCCGCCCAGACCUACGCCAAGAACUUUGUCAUGCAGGGCGAGGUUGGUCGCCACACCUACGAGGUCACCGAUGACGACUUCGCCCAGGUCAAGGACCUCUACAACCUGUUCACUGCCGAGCAGAAGGACCGCCUGGCCAAGGUCAUCGCCGGUAGCCUGUCGACUGUCCCUGUCUUCAUCCAGAAGCGCCAGCUUAAGCACUUCUACCGUGCCGAUAAGGACUACGGUCGCCGUGUCGAGGCUGCCCUGAAGGCUGCUGGCUCCAAGAUCUAAAUUUCCUUGUCAUUCCCUCUAAUUCAAACAUGAUUUCACUGCAAUGAGC